AUGGCCUUCAGGGGAUACCACGACGGAAUCAAGCUCGCAUCAGACGCAGCCACCAAGGCAAUUCAAAUAGAGGCAUCGCUGUCCUCUCUCUCUCCCCUCACCUCACAUAUACCGACACUCCAGCGAGCAUUCCCCGCCUACAUAGCCGCCGCAGAAUUAUACAGCAACCUCCUAUCCUCCAAACUCGUGCCUCCAGGCGACGUCGAGGGAGUAAAGAAGAAAUGGAGGCUGGUCCUUGACAGAGCAGAAAAAGUCAAGGGACGAAUCGAACAGCUUGGCGGGCAUGUUGCCAAGGCUCAAGUGGGGGACGAGGGUGAGGAAGCUGCCGUCAUCCGCAGGGGAGGAAGGAUGAAUGGCGUAGACCUCCACCUCUGGUCGACGCCGAGUCCGACUUUUGAUACCGGCAACCUCUAUCGAGAGGCGACACAGCCAGAGCUUGCGGCAGCUCAAUUGGAUCUCGAUCCAGAGUGGAGAGAGAUUGCUGAAGACUGCUGGGAGCAUCAAGUCCGCGAUGGAAACUGGGUCUUGAGACAGGGGCCUGUGGCUGAUUGUUCGGUGGUGGCUGCUAUGGGUGUGGGUGUUGAGCACGAUAGAUUGUUCGAGACCACAUUUGGAUGGAACAAUCUCUAUCCACAAGGAGCUGACGGCCGUCCACGACGCUCGGAGAACGGGAAAUAUGUCCUGAGAUUAUUGCUGAACGGCGCUUGGCGAAGUGUCGUCUUUGACUCUCUCCUCCCUCAUUCUCUACGCGACGGGACACCACUUUUCACCACAUGUCACCUGAAUGUUCCUUCAUCUCCGACGGCUGUAGGUACCCCGUGGACGCCCCUGGCCCUCAAAGGCUACUUCAAAGUGCACGGUGGCUACUCUCUACAGGGGAGUAACCCAAGCUCUGACAUAUACGAGCUCACCGGGUGGAUACCAGAGAGGACGGUCUUGAAGGGUGGGUUCCAGAGGGAGAAAGAGUGGUCAAGAGUGAAAGAAGCUUGGGAGAGGGGCAAUGUCAUGGUCAGCUUGGGGACCGGACAAUCGGUCAGGGAGGGUCUGGUCAAGCAUCACGCUUAUGGUGUUGUCCGACUCAGAGAAGAAGGAGACCAGCGACUAUUGGACAUCAUUGAUCCUGGAGCGACCUCAUUCUCUCUCUCUUGGGAUAUGGUUUGCGUCGACUUUGAAAGUCUGCAUAUCAAUUGGAAGCCCGGUCUGCUACCUUCCAUCGCGACUAGACACUGGUCUUGGGCGAAACCACAAACCUCCAGCUUUGAAUUAGACAUUGACACCACCAAUCCUCAAUACCGCCUUCAAGCACAAUGUUCCUCUUCUUCUGGUUUGCCCGAGGUCUGGGUGCUGCUUUCUCAGCACAUUGUGAACAAAGACAGACCUUUGGACGAUAUAGCAUUGCAUGUGUUUGAAGAGUUUGGGGCCGGUCAGAAGCGGCGGGCGGGAGCUGUGCACUCGGAGAGGCUGGAGCAGACUAAUCCAUACGUCAACGGUAACCAUGUUUUGGUGCGGUAUCAGCUGCGGCGACCUUCCUCCAGUCUGAUUGUGGUCCCUUCUCGGGACCGCGGCGUAUAUCAAACAGGCUUCACCCUUAAAGCGUUCGCCCCAGAAGGAGUCUCCCUCGAGCUGACACGGCUCUCGCGCACGAUGCCUUUCAGCGAGACUAUCACUGGGUCACUCGAUAGUCGGAAUGCGGGAGGACAACCCGGGUGGCCGACGCAUAUGAUCAAUCCCCAAUACAGGGUUGUGGUGCAGCCUACCCGUAGGAGAGAAAAGGCGUCGGGAAGGAUUACUGUCAGAGGUGAUAAGGAUUUGACUCUGAAUGCGAGGCUGGUAUGGGGCAAGGGGGAGCUGGUAUUUGAAUUGUCGCAAGAUAUGGUUCUGGCGGAUACGGGGGCUUACGCACAUGGUGUCGCGUAUUGCGACGUACCCGAGCUUCCCCCAGGCUCGCAUACCUUGAUCAUAUCUGCAUUCGAGCCGGGCCAGACGGGCAACUUUAGCUUCACUUUUGAAGCGACAGCUGCUGUUGCGUUGUCAACUAUACCUGCUGAAGGUGCCGGCAUGUACAGUCGGACGGUCAUCGGACAGUGGUCGGACGAGACUGCUGGCGGAAGGCCGAGCACGGGAGGCUACGCGAAGAACCCCAAGGUUGAAGUGAUACUCCCUAAAGCCGGUAUCGUAUUGUCACGCCUCUAUCUUCCCACUCUUGUUCCCCUCCCGAUCAACCUCACAAUCUUCAAACGCGCCGAAGGAGGUGCCUUGGGCGAGCAGGUGGCGACUACCGGACCAUAUGCCGAUGCCCUUUGUGGGGUAUCCACUGGCAAGAUCAAGCUGGAAGCGGGUAUAUACUUGUUUGUACCUUCUACAUACGAGCAGAGGAGCAGAGGUGGGUGGACGUUGAAGGUUUGGGCCGAUGUGGCGAUCAGCGCCGAGCCGGUGUAG